AUGGGAAGUUGCUGCUCCAGCGACAGCCGGGGAGGGCGCGAGGCUGCCGGCGGCGUCGCCGAUGCCGCCCACGGCGGCGGGAUGGGGGAGGAUGGCGACGCCGUGGAGGCCGUCGACCGAUUCCUCAGGUCGCGUGGCGACUUCCGCUCCUUCUCUCUGAUCGAGGUUCGUUCCUUUUUGAUUCUCUCUUUCCCAGAGAAGUCGGAUUGUGGAAGGUGGCGUAGUUUUGGCUCUCCCUUCUCCGCGGUGGGGAGCGUUUCCUCGCUUGAUUCAAUCUUGAAUGUAGGCUUUUUGGAUCUUUUCAACCGAGGAAGCCGUCGUACCGACAAAUGCGUCUUUGUCUACAUUCAUAAUAAUGGUGCAGAGAUCUGAGUAUUAAAAACACGAAUUAAUCCACGAAACAACCACUGUGGGUACAUUUGCGCGGUACAUUAUGUUUCUGUAGCACCUACGGACAUUGGCAUUUUCUUCAAUGACCAUGUCAACGUCAUUUGAGAUAUCAGGAAGAACAUCUAAGUAGGCUUCAUAUCAGGAAAACGGUUAUAAUUAAGCAAGCUAUCUAUUCAGCGGUAUCGUCUUUCUAACUAAUAUUUUGAUCUUAAGGUAAAGGUGGGAACCAACUUGUUCCAUAAACUAAAGCAAAAUAAAGCAUUAAACCGAACUUCUUUGCUCUCUUAACUUUCUCUUCUUCUUUUUUUUUUCCCUGAAAAAUAUAAUGACAAAUUGUAAUCCUAAUUUUUUGCAUCUAUGAAAAUUCAAAACUUAUUUUCUCAAUCCUGGAAUCAAAUCAUAUGAAGUAUUUUAGUGGGGAUUUUAGCGCUCAGAUUGUUCAUUUUAGUGAGUUUCAUAGUCACGACUAUGAAUACAUAAAUGGCCUGGCUGUUAUCAAUUUAGCUGCUUUAAAAUUUUGUAUUGUAAUUCGAUUCUUCUUCUUACACCUUCCUCCUUUGAGAUCUAUACUCCAUAAUGAAGAGUUACUUACAUCAUGCGGAUGGUGACUUGUUUCUAUGUGAUAUUUACAUUUAAGCGUCAAAAGCAUGCUCUAAUGAAAUAUCGAUAAUAAAAUUCGUCUUGAAUUAUAGAUAUUGUUGAAAAUUUAUCACGAACAUUUAUAGCCAACCAAUCUCAGCCCAAAAUAAUGAACGGUUUGUUACACAUGAUUUUAUGCUGGGUGCCAAGCUCAAGAGAUUCAUUUCCAUCAUGCUGGAUGCUUUCUACGUUUAAUGGCUAUCAAACGCAAACAUUUAGAAUGGUGAUAUUCUUGGGAGUCUUGCACUUUAGUUUUAAGUUUUUCGAGAUUACUGACUUGGCUUCUCUUAACAUACCUCCUGGACAGCUAUCUCUAUCUGCAUCAAAGUUACGUGAUCGGGAUGUACUUUCGAAGGUGCUAACUUCUUACUGAGCACUUAUCAUGGAUCCCAUCUGCUACAUUAAGAGUCUGAAAAAGUGUGUAUAUAAAUUGUUCUAUCUUGCCUUUCAUUGUGUCAUCGUCUAGGUCACAAGCUCUAAAUGUUUACGUUCUUGUUUAAGAUAGAUUGCAUUCACCACCAUUGAUGGAAUGCAUAGAGUCCACGAUUCUACCAUUCUCAUCCUCUCUCUAUCUCUCUUUCUCUCACGCCAAAUUGAAAUGAAUUUAUCGGUUUAUUUAAUUUUGGUGCCAUCUGAAGUGCUGUAUCCGUGCAUUCAAUAAUUCUGGGGAAGGUCACACCUAUUUGUUCGUUUAGGGGAGGGCGGGGGAUGAUUGGAUAGCGAGGAAAUUAUCAUGACAGCCACAUAUCUUCUCAUUAUGCAACAUAGUUAUUGAGAUUGAAGCCUAAAUGCCAAUUUUUUGAGCAUUACCGAAAAAUAUGAUCAAAGUUUAAUAACCUGGAUGCAAAUCAAAGAACUUAAGAUAAUAAUAAAAAGAAGUGGCUUCCCUGGCGAAAAGGUUCUGUAAAAUCACUGUCCUUUUUAAAGUCAUUCUUUAUAAUUUUAUAAUUUCUUGUUUAUAUCAUAGGCGCUAUUUAGCUAUGCAUAUUUAACCCACUUGUGAUGGGGUAUGAUAGCUAUACGAUUAUAUUUUUUGGUUUACUUGUGACCUAAAUUACUUCAGUUUGAAUGUAGAGUGACCCCAUGGCUGUUAUCUAUACAAAAAAACGAGAUGGAACUCUUGAAGAGAUGGGUCGAACAGAAGUGGUAUUAAAUUCAUUGAAUCCUGUGUGGAUUCAGAAGCUUUCUAUCACCUACCGGUUCGAGAUAGUGCAGCCUCUGGUGUAAGCAAUAAUUAUUCUGUUUGUUGUAAUUUUCCGUUCCAUUGUGGGACCAUAUAUAUAUAUUUAGUAUUUUCUUUUAAGUGUAGUUUUUCUGUUGGAUCAUUGUGAGUUAACAUGGUCGGGUACCAUCUUAUAGGUUCCAAGUCUAUGACAUUGAUACUCAGUUUCACAACAUACCAGUCAAGGUAUACUUUUUCAUGAUGUUGAGUAAUGAUUCUGUCUUUUUCAUUUGCAGAAUUGUGUGUUAGGCAUGAUUCGUGUUACCGUCUGGGUUGUAAAGAUCCGAAGAAAGUGAUCCAAUCUAUCAUGCUGUCAAAAAAAAAGAUUUAAUCCCUUUUUCAGAGUUGGUUGCUUUUUGGAAUUUUCUUUAUUCCUAUUUUGGUUAGCAUUGAGUAUUCCUUUAAGAUAUGAUGAAAUAAUAUUCCAAGGUUAUUUAUUUGUUACCAUCUACAAACGGAACUCAAAGCUUUAUAAUUUGUGCAGACGCUUAAGUUGGAUGAGCAGCAAUUUCUUGGAGAAGCUACCUGUAAUCUUUCUGAGGUAUGUUUGCUUUAUCAAAAUAAGGAUGAUGGCCGUAACCUAUACAAAACUCAAUGUAAAUCUUGUUAGAUUUAAUUGUUAAUGUUGAAACUCUAGGGCAACUACCGCAAUGAGAACCCUCUUGUAUCUUCUCUGUUAUCAAUUAUUGCAAAACUUGCGUAGAGAUUCUUCAAGUUUUGACACUUCUGUGUUCGACAUGUGAAUUUCUCAUCUUUAAUAAGUUCAGAAUUGCAGUCGUGGUGGGAAUAUUUUGUUUGCGGUGUCAUCUUAGUCCGUUUUAAAGGAUUCACUUAUUGAAAGGCAUGUGGGUUCCCUUUUUUUUUUUUCUCAUUUGCAGAUAGUCAGUAGAUCGUCUAGGUCAUUGACACUAAAUCUUGACCACAGAGAUGGCAGUCGAGUGGAUACUAAAAACUCUGGAGAGAUCACUAUCAACGCAGAGGAGGCUUUUGCUGCGAAGACUAUCCUAGAGAUUGUAUUCAGGUGCUCUGAAUUGGAAAACAGAGAUCUAUUCUCCAAAAGUGUAAGUGAUUAUCCAACAGCAAACACAACGUAAUGUGAGCAUAUAGGAUUUACUGCAUAAUCUUUUAACACUUCGUUUCACAGGACCCUUUUUUGUUGAUAUCCAGAACAGCUGAGAGUGGAGCGCGCAUUCCAAUUUGUAAGACGGAAGUGAGAAGGAACAAUCUUGAUCCGACGUGGAAACCAAUAAUUUUGAAUCUUCAACAAGCAGGAAGCAAGGCAAGAUCAAGCUUCAUGGAUAAUCUGGUUGCUUUUUUUACAGUCGUAUCUUAUGCCCCCAUCUAUUGGAACUUGCAGGAAAACCCCUUGACCAUAGAGUGCUUUAACUUCAAUAGCAAUGGCAAGCAUGAUCUCAUCGGGUAAUGAAUCCAACGUUCACUCCUUGUAUCUGGUGGUUUCUCUUUGAGACUUCUUAUGCUAGUCAUAAAAUAUUUCGUGAUUAACAGGAAAAUUGUGAAGUCACUCUCAGAUUUAGAAAAUCUUCAUCGUAGUCAACUGGGGGAAAACCUCUUCUUGCCAACUGCUGUUGACCACGAGUACCAUAACAGGGUAAUAUGUGUUGAAUAUUCUCUUUGAUGGUUUUUGCGUCAGAGUUUCCAUGUUGAGGAGAUCAAUCUCCUUUUUCUUGCUUUCGUGUUUAUCACCAGGUACUAAAGAGUCAACUAUUUGUGGAGAGAUUUUCCGAGAGCACAAAACGAACGUUUUUAGAUUACAUAGCUGGUGGCUGUGAACUGAACUUCAUGGUGGCUGUAGACUUCACAGGUAUAGAUAUUUCCUGGCAGUAAUGUUACAAUUUCAGCUUUCAUACUUUCACAAUUGUCAGGUGCUGAUGCCAUGGAUCCUAUUUCUGGUAGCUUCUAAUGGGAACCCACGGCUUCCUGACUCACUGCACUAUAUUGACCCAACAGGUCGCCCAAAUGCGUACCACAGAGUGAGUAAAUGAGUUCGGGUUCCAAAUAAAAUACUAUGGCCUGAUUUCUUAUGGUGAAUCGUUUAAGCAUCUGCCGACUUUUAUGCAUCUCCUCCAUGCAGGCGAUCAUGGAGGUUGGGGAUGUCUUGCAGUUUUAUGAUUCAGAUAAACGGUUUUCUGCCUGGGGCUUUGGAGCAAGGCCAAUCGAUGGACCUGUCUCUCACUGUUUCAACUUGAGUGGAAGUACUAGCCAUUCAGAGGUGCAUAAGAAUUCCAUUGCUAUAAAAUAUUUAUCGUAUGCUUCAGAUAAGUUCAGGAACGUAGUCAAACUGAGAGAAAACAUCUUGCGUCCAGACUCACUGUUUUGUUCUGAGCCGAUACAUCUAAUCUAUCGUGGGAUAAAUGUGAACGGAGGGUUUUGUCUCCAUUAAAUCAUGCUUCUUUUGUGAGGAAUGUUUCAUAUACUGUGAACUUAACAUGCCGUACUCUGUCAUCCUUUUAACAUGAAUGGAUGUAGAUAGUCAGAAGACAUCGCUUAGAGGUGAGUCUUGAGUGCCAAAUAUCUUUGCUCAUAUAAUCAUUUUAUGGUUUUACAUGUUGAAAAAAAUGAUCUGUAAAAUAAAUCGUACAAAAGGCUGAUCAUUUUGGAAUUGGUUUUCUUGGCACUUUUCUUUGAAGCCCGUGGAUAUUCUUUUUUUGUUAUGGGAAAGAAAAGCACAUCGGCCACAACAAGCAUGCCCUGAUAACACAUAAAAUGUUCGCAGGUUGAAGGAAUCCCAGGGAUAAUAUCAGCUUACUUCAGUGCUCUGUAUAACGUAUCAUUAGCCGGGCCAACCCUUUUUGGGCCAGUGAUUAAUGCGGCAUCUACAAUAGCCAGCCAGUCCCUGGCUCACAAUCAGCAGAAGUAUUUCAUCUUGCUAAUCAUCACAGUAAGAAUCAAACUUGACUUUUUUUCCCCUGUUGGUUUCAACGACUCUGCUCUGAAAUUUGUGAAACCACUGCCUAGGACGGAGUGGUAACAGAUCUCCAAGAGACCAGAGAUGCCAUCGUGAAGGGAUCUGAUCUGCCCCUGUCUAUCCUCAUUGUCGGAGUUGGUGGGGCUGAUUUCAAGGAGAUGGAGGUGGGUUUUGUCCCUAAUUCCUUUCAUCAAGAUGUAGUUCGGCACAGCCUUAUAUGUAGAUGUGUAUGACCCAGCAAAGUCUGAUUUUAGAAAUAAAAGGUAGCUCGAGACUAUGUCAAAACUAGGCGCCAUUUUCCUAGAUAAUUGCCCUCUGGCUUUUCUCCCAAGUGUGCACCUUUUCCCCCCUCCUCCAGACGCAUGAUACACAUCUCCUUGCCUUCCCUUUUGUUUAAAGGAAAAAAAUUGAUUUCCCCUUCUUGUUUCUUGCUUCUAUUUUCAUCAUCACAUUGUGUUUCUUGCUAAAUGCAGAUAUUGGAUGCCGACAAAGGAGAAAGACUCCAGAGCACCACUGGCCGAGCUGCAUCUCGGGACAUUGUGCAGUUUGUUCCCAUGGGGGAUGUGGAGAGUACGUCUUUCUUUCUAGCUUGUGACCGGCCUCAAUGCUUGUUUUCUGUUUUAGAUCGAAUAUAAUGUCAGGGCAAUACAGAACAAACACAGACACACACACAAAGCGCAAAACCUAAUCGCGUCUCUUAUCCACAACAUGGUCGUGCGCCUACCUUUUUUUGUGCAAUUAAAGUUCGAAUAUAUAUAUAGAUAUAUAUUUAUUUAAUCUGCUAGUCAACAAGUAUAUCCCCUCCUUUUGCCAUGAUGCGGCAAUUUGGCCGUGGAAAACAGUUUAUCUAAAAUAUUUUUUCUGUUUUAUCCAUGAUAAGGAAGAUUGGGUGGGUGCUGAUAGCUUGUUAUUAUUCUAUCCUUUUUAUGUAGGUGGAGAGCUCUCCAUUGCUCAAUCUCUUCUUGCUGAGCUGCCAUCGCAGUUCUUGAGCUACAUGCAGAGGAAAGAGAUUCUGGCCACUUCUUAG